UUGCCCCACACCCUCUUGCAUUCAAGCUACAAAGCAGUUGUGCUCAGCAUCACACGGUUUUCUUACGUGACACGACAGCCGAACAAACUGCGUCUGAAAAGUUUGUAGGUGUUACGGUGUUAUAUCUUUAAAUAAAAAAUGGCAGUCAACAAGUUCAUCAAGUAUUCUCUGUUCCUGUUCAAUUUUCUAUUUUGGAUAAGUGGCUGUAUCUUACUUGGAGUCGGAAUAUGGCUCCGUGUGACCAAGGAUUCUAACAAGCUUACCGAGCAGGCUGUUCCUGGGAUAGAUCUACUGAUUGCUGUUGGGGUCAUCGUCAUGAUGCUUGGGUUCCUGGGAUGUUGUGGUGCAGUUCAAGAGAGCAGAUGCAUGCUUCUGCUAUUUUUCAUUGGACUGCUCCUCAUAUUUAUCCUCCUGUUGGCAGCUGGAAUCCUUGGAGCUGUAGGUGAAGACAAAGUUAAAGAUUGGAUCAAAGAAAAUUUGGAAAAAAUGCUUCCAUUGUCAAGUCAACCACAAGAUGUGCAAUCAGAUCUUCAGCUCCUAGAAGAAAAGAGCAAAUGCUGUGGAUUGAUCAAUGGUCCGAACGACUGGGGUAGUAGUAUUCCCGCCUCGUGCAACUGCACCGACACCUCAGCACCAUGUGUGAAAACGGAGACCAGACUGGUGUACCAAACGCCUUGUGUCACAGUUGUGGGUGACAUCAUGAAGAAACAAAUGACUGUUGUGAUUGGCAUAGCCUUUGCGAUAGCAGUCGUCAUGAUCUUUGGCAUGGCCUUCUCGAUGAUCCUUUUCUGUCAAAUUGGCAGGAAAGAGGCGAGCACAACUUGAAAAUGUGGAAAACGUUGUCAUCUGAAGAUAGUUUUAAUGGAAGUGGGAUUCGAUUAUAUUCCCUGUUAUACUUUUUUCAAUUCCAUUGAAUUACUCGUUUUUGAUUUUAAAUGGUUUGUAAUCUUGUAUGUGAAUUUUCAUUCUUGCUUUUCUGUAGCACCACACAUAUACAGUUUGUUUGUAUUUCAGGUAUUUUGUGAUUUGGAAUUAUUGUUUUUGGUCCUAACGAUUAAUAAAGGAAUAACAAAAGAGGUUGUGAUGAGAGAGAAAUUAUGUUUUAGGAAGCAUUAAGCAAAUGCAUUUUUCAUAGAUUUUUUCCAUUUGAUUGUUUUUAAGUGAUUCUGUCAGAGCCAGGUUAUUUAGAAUAUCAGGAAACCUGAUUUCGCUCUUAAGCUGGUACAGAUCGAUAUUGGCUGGGCUGCUGUGCAAAAUAAGUUGCAGACUGUUUGUCUUUUUUUUUUUUACAUUUGCCAAUAGUUAUAUUCAGCCUAAAGGAAUAUUCUGCAUAGAGAAAUGGCUCGAUUUGAAAUGCUAUUUAGACCGUUAAUUGAAUGUGGGAAGGGAAAUGUGAAAGUGCUGUAUUUGUCUAUAUGACAGCUAUUCUCGUUCACCGUCAUAAACUGCUUUUGAAAUAAAUUCCCUGCUGCAAGCUUACAUACAGGAUGUGGGGAAAACAGUACCAACAAUGCCAAACAGCGCACAAGUGUUCCUCUACUGAAAUUGUUACCCAAGGGGGCCCUGUCAUGAAUAAAGCCUAUGAAAUUCUUUAUUUUUAAAA